GCGCCGCUUAAAUUAAUGCAAAUCAUACGUACGCUUUUGCAACGAAAAGGCGAAAAAAAAAAAAAAAAAAAGCCGCUGAACGGUACGAAUCAGCUGCUGCUGGAUGAUAAAAAUAAAAAAACGUAAUUUGGAGUAUCUCUAAUUUAUUCAACUCCAACUUAGGGUUUAUCUGAAAGUUGAAUUUAUUCCCUAUCUGCUACUACCUCCGCACGAAUUUUUUUUUAACUUUUUUUUUACUUUCACAAAAUGGGAAGGAAAUCAACUAUCAAGCCAGCGACUGGAAUAGCAGUCGGUUUCAACAGCGGACAUGUGGUCACCAAGAGGAACCUCAAAAAGAGCAUCAAGAAGAAGCCAAAGUCCAAAAAAAAGGAACUCAUAAAUGACGUCGUGAGAGAAAUAACCGGAUUUAGUCCAUAUGAAAAAAGAUUAAUCGAAUUGAUCAAAAUCGGUACCUCUGCUGCCACGAAGAGAAGCCUAAAAUAUGCCAAGAAAAAAUUGGGCACUCAUAAAAGGGGCAAGGCCAAGAGGGAAGAAAUACAAAAAAUUGUCAUUAUGCAGAGAAGAAAGGCCGCAACGGAGAAGCACUAAGGGGGGACCACGAGAAGGCGGGAAAAAAAAGAAAGAAAGAAGAGAAGCAGUUGGAGGAACGCGAGGCUGCCUUCCCUCACCGUUUAUGCUACACGCAGCAAUUAUCCAUUUCUUGUGAACUUUUUUCCAUUUUAUCCUACCUCUACGUAUCGUCCAGAAGCUUCCCCUUUUGGGGGGGGGGACCUCCACUGUUCUGUCCCGUUGCUUGAAGGCGCAUAUGCAUACGUGUAUUAACGGUACAUAUUAGUAUGCAUAUGACUCUUCAUUGUUUCCCCCAUUUUUUACUCCCUCUUUUGCCCAUCCGCAUACGUUCUUGGCAUGAUGCUCAAAACCUACAUUUCUGAAUUACCUACCUUUUUGCCCAUUUUUUUUUUUUUUUUAAAUUCCAUGAAUUUUUACACACACGUUGCGCGAACAUCGUUGUGUCGCUCGAAUAACUGAAAGGAAAUUUUAAUGCAGGAAUAAAAAAUCGAAAGUGG